AUCUCACCUAUAUCCGUUCACUUUCCAUCUUAAUUCGGAUAGACGUUCUCCCCAACAAGCAUUGAUCGUAUAAAUAGCAAGCCAAGUGGCCAAUAUCGACACACGUUGACUUGUUCUCCACCGAAACAACAACCCACUCCAACUAGCAACUAUGCAGCUCCUCGUAUUGUCCGCUUUGAUUGCUGUAGCUUUGGCUGAGACUGCGUAUCCAGCAAACUACGCAGCCUAUGAUAAACCUUCUUACGAUUAUGCCCCUCAGCCCUACAGCUAUUCUUAUGCUGUUAAGGAUGACGCUUCUUACAACGAUUAUUCGCACUCAGAGAGCAGCGACGGCAAGGUGGUGACUGGAUCUUAUACUGUAGCUCUUCCAGAUGGCCGUACUCAAAUUGUAACAUACAAGGCUGACAGCAACGGAUACGUAGCUGACGUCAAGUACAUUGGCGAAGCUAAAUAUCCCGAUAUAACUAAGCCAGCCUCUUACAGUCCAUCAUACGAAACUCCCGUUUACACUGCAUCUUACGCAGAGCCAGCUUACUAAGAAGAACGUAUAGUCAGGAUUUUAGACUGAAAGUGUAAAUUAUUUUAUGGGAGCCAAUACAUAUGUGGAAUAAUAAUAAUGAU